UGAUAUCUAAAAAACAUGAAAACAAAAACAAAUCUUUAAUCAUAAUAGAUAACACAGUCUUUGAUUUAAAAUUCAUAUAAUAUUUCUAUGAAUUUAAUUUUUUGAUCAAUUUUUCAUAUAAAAAGAUAAAAGUUCAUUAGAGCAAAUACUGUAGAAUGGAAGAAAAUGAAAUAUUUAAUAUUGCUUCAUAUAGCAAUGACAAUUACGAGAAGUUAAUUGAAAAAGAACUUGUUAUUCCUUACAAGGAUUCAAUUGAAGAAUUAGCUCAUAUAUUAAUAACUAAGUUUGAAUUACCAAAAUAUUCUGAAAAAACACUAAUUGAAAAUUUAUUACUGUUUAUUAACACAAAAGAGGAAGAAUUUUAUGGUAAUUACACGGAUAAGAAUAUUGCAAUGUCAAAAAUAGAUACUCAAUUCCUAGAAGCUUUGAGUAAACAAUGGGAGAAAUUAUUUCGGUAUGAAACAGCUGAAAAUGCAGAUAAAAAAUGUGCUUCAGAUGAAGAAUUAUUUGCUUCUGCAUACCAUAAGUUAGUUCAUUCUCCUGCACUCGAAACUAUUCUUUCAGUGGAACAUUUGUAUGCUAAAGCUGUUUGUAGGAGAACCGAUCAGAAGGAUAUUUUCAUUCAGGAUUUAUCAGAAAAACAGUCGGAGGAAAUGAACAAAGCAGUAGAUAAUUUAGAAUAUGGAAUGACAGAGUUUGAUAUCAAUGAAUUAGUUGCUAAACAUUAUGAAGAUCAUUCAUUACUCAAAGUCAGAUAUGCAAGUGAAUUGGAUACUUUGAAAGAAGCCCAAAGGCGGGAAUAUAGAGAAUGGAUUAUGAAAAUGUUAGAGUACAAUCAAGAAAAUAAUUUUCUUCUGAGUCCUGCUUCUUCUAUAAAAACUCCAACUUCUCCUCUUUUAUCCUGUUCUGAGGAAAAUAUAUUUUUAGAUGUGUUACAUAAAACUAAAGAAAGUGAACCAUUUUUAGAAGAGAGUUUUACUAUUCAUUUGGGAUCCCAAUUAAAACAAAUGUAUAAUGUAAGGAUUCUCACUGGUAGCAUAGAAGAUUUAUGCAUUAUAAAUGUGAAUGAAUUAUCAGAACCUACACCACAAUUACUUCAAACUGCACUUGACCUCUAUUCAAAUGAUUUAUCAGGAUUAGUAUUGAUGACAGAUAAUAAAAUUGGUUCUAGAGUAACCCGGAAUUUUCAAGAAAAUUGUUUGAAAUCAACUGAGUUUCACUUUUCACACAUUGAUGCUCAAUUAGAAGAAAUAUCAAAAUUAGCAAAAUCAAUUUCUAAUGACUCUCGAAGCUCCAAUUCAAAUCUACUCAAAUGUGGUGAUUUUUUUUUGACUAAACAUUCUAACUUGGCACAAGUUCAUGUUAUAUUUCAUUUGGUAGCCGAAGAUAGUUUGAGGGGGAGUGAAAUCAAUAGCAGACAUCCUGUAAUUUUAGGAUUAAGGAAUGUAUUGAAGACUGCUUGUUCAAAUGAUAUCACAUCUUUAACAAUACCCUUAUUAUUGCAAUAUGAAAUUACUGAGGAGAUGACCACUAUGUGGUGCGAAAAAAGAGCUGAACUGGUUUUUAAAUGCAUGAAAGGCUUCAUGAUUGAAAUGACUUCAUGGGGUGGAUCUGAUUUGAAAAAUCUUCAGUUUAUGCUUCCAACAGGUAUUUCUAGCCAAGUAUUUCAUUCUUUAGCGGAUAUGUUACCUAGAAUAUUCAAAAUAUCUAAUCCAAAAAUUCUCACAUGAAAAUGUGUAUAAAAUAUUUAUUGAUGAUGUAUUACUCUUGGAAUAACAUAACAAUGUUUAUUGAAGUAAAAUAAAAUAUAUAAUUAAAAAAAAACAUUCAUAUUAUUAAAAGUUAUUU